UGCUGCCUAAAAUCUCUGUGCUCUCGUCUUCUUAUAUGGAGACUUAAUUUAGAGUCUUUCAUUCAGUGGCAGUCCUAGUGCAGGUGGCGUGUCUGUGAAUACUGCGCCGAUUCAAUUGCAGAGCCUCACUCUUAGUCGAGUACCGUAUCAUUAAUUUUAAGUUACUGAGAGCACCAUAUCAUUACCGGCCAGAAUAGAAAAAGUGUGUCACCAAAACAGCUGAUUUGCAUACAGAGAUCUGUCUCUCAGUGUUGCCAAUAUAGCGGGUUUAUCAGAUUUGUUCACUAAAAAAUAAAAAAUAAAUAAAAAAAACAUAGAUAAGGGAAACUCUCAUACAGAUCAUGAAAUAUAGUUUCGUGUGAUGUUUUGUUUGUGGGAUGCUGGUUUAUCCAAAUGACAUUCAAUUCUAGCCAAUCUAAUAUGCCAACUAUCUUUACCCGAAUUUAAAACAUGUGUAAGGCUAUGUGAUUUAGCAUUGUAGCGCAUCGACGAAAUAAUCAAUGAAAGCAAUGUUAAACAAAUAUGAUCCCAGUGUAAAUAGAAAUGAUGACGAUACCUGCUGUCACUUCUGUGGAGGACAGCACCAUCUCGCUUAAAGAGAAGUCUCUGUGAAGAGUGUAUAUACAGUGUUCUACUGUCCUCUAGCGGACGAAGAGAAGCGGAGCAGCUGAUCUGGGAUGAACACAAGAGAUCACUCCCCUUUAUCAAAACGAAACUAAAUGGUUGGACAGUUUAGGAUCGGUUUCAAAUUUGAAAAAUGCUGAAUGCGACUCAAGAAUAAAACGACGGACAUCGAUCAAAUAGAUUGCUACGGUAAAGACAAUAUAGCCUUGAUCAUUUGUUUCUAUAUACUGCAGAAGUAGAUUUAGCGAACCCCGGGAACAGGAAAGUUAGUUGGCUCUACCUCAUAGCAACGAAGGACGCACAACAACAUACUUGCACCAUGGCAAAUGCGUCAUUGAAAGAGGUAUUUUCAGAUGUCACUCUCACUGUAGAUCCUAACACUUUCAAAGAGCCCAACCAGGUGAAGUACCUUCUCACUGGAUGUGGUAACCGCGUUACAAGAACCUUGCACUACGAAGUGCGGGGAUCAUUUGAUGAAAUAGAGGACCUGUUUGUGAAGAUGUCAAGUCUAGACAGAUGUGCCGCCCCCAAUCUCAGAGACAGUCCUCUUCGUCACCGACAGCGUCCUCGGUCACCUAGUCCAGUGAAACCAGUGGCGAUAGUUGGAGCCGUUUGGGAUUUCAUCCAACAGAGAUGCUCAAAGGAGUUGAAGAGAAUCCAAGGGGAAGACGUCUUAAUUCGUAAACCUCGGGACAAAAUGGUGGUGACCUUUCAAAGCCACGGAAAAGACCCGGUUCGGGUUCAUUUCGCCAGAGAGCGCUUUGUCACGUUCUAUCAGAGACUCGCUACAGAUCUGAAAGUGAAGACUUACAGUUUGGAUCCACAAUACUACAAAAGCUUGCAGGGACAGUUUCCAGAACUUUUGAUUGAAGGAGGCCCCAGUAAAGACAAUAUUACAGUGACAGGGCGCUACAUGCAUAUUGUGAUGUUGGAGGAUUUUCUACGGCACGGUUCCAGUUCCCCUGUGACAUCACAACGACCCCUGACACCCCAGAGAGUUAGCCCCCGAGCCUCUGGUACUACACGCAACAAGCAAUCGGACGACAAAGAAUUAGAGUCAUGUCCGAUUUGUCUGGACACCAUUAAAGAGGACAGAAAGAAGACGUUGGCAUGUAAACACUCGUUCUGUAGAGGCUGUCUGGAGGAGGCGUUCAAGACCAAACCUGUCUGUCCAACAUGUGGGGCAGUCUAUGGGGAACUGAAGGGGACGCAGCCAAAGGGCGGGACUAUGGCUGUUACUAAGGAACGAUCUUCUUUGUCUGGAUAUGAGAAGUAUGGAACAAUCGUGAUUCAGUACCACAUUCCAAGUGGAAUACAGAAGGAGGAGCAUCCCAACCCAGGUCAGACUUACCAGGGUGCAUCCCGUACAGCGUAUCUCCCAGAUUCCUCGGAGGGCAGGAAUGUUCUGGCUCUCCUGAAGAGGGCCUUCGACCAGCGACUCACGUUCACUAUUGGCCGAUCUUCCACCACAGGCAUGGAAAACAUGGUCACGUGGAACGACAUCCACCAUAAAACCUCCAGGAGCGGAGGCACCAGUUGCUAUGGAUACCCUGACCCCGACUACCUGAGACGUCUACAGGAUGAACUGAAGGUCAAAGGAAUCUAUUGACAUGUCAUCUGCAUGUCACGCAACUACCGAUAUGCAAGAAUGAAGAAAGAGAGGUCACAAAUACAUGUGGUACACACAGCUUCAGGUUAACUCUUGUGAAAUGAAGAUGUUUUUUCUUGUUGGGGAAACGUAACAAAAUAAUGUCACUAAAACAGAAGGGGUACUUAACAGUCACUGAUAAUCAGAACAAAACAGGUUUUAGGAGGGGUUCUGAAAGACAGUCAUGGGCAUGGUGCUAACAACACCCACGGUGCUAACGACACCCACCGAGAUCUGCCCAAGAAGAGGCAAACAAAAGGCCACACACCAAACUUAAAAGACAGGAAACAAACCAAAAUGGUGAGCAAAACAAAAACAAAAAACCAGGGAAGAUCAGACAAAGGAAUGUUUGUCUAGAAAUCACACAGGGAUCGGCAACUAAAAGGUGUUAACCCUCCACUUCUGUGAAGACAACUAGAGCACUGGGCUAGCCACUCUUAAAUAUCACCGAAACCAACUUACCACUAACGAGAUGGUAACCAGCAUAAGUGUAACACAUACUAACGAGGUGCCCCCACUCAGUGUGCCCUACGUGCCAACGUGCUAAAAAAAAAAAAAACUUGACCAAAUUUUUAUUUGUAGGCUGUCACUCAAAA